CUGCCGCUAUCAGGAGUAUUGCUGCUCCCAAGGCUGCUGCUCGCCUUCUGCUGUCACCUUCUACCAGCUCUGGUACUUCUGGCUGGUGCUACUGCUGGUGGGGAUCGUAUGCAGCGGCUACGGUUGGUAUUUCAAGCACCGCUACGCGGGGGGCCUCAGCAACCUCAACCCUCAUCCACCCCUCCGCCGCCGCCCUCCUCUGCGCCACCGCAUCUACCCCCGCUACCUCCACGACACUGCCCCACCUUCCUAUGGCGAGGUGAUGCGCAGGCAGCAGGACUACCCGCAGGCCAGACCAGCCUUCAGGGGGGGCGCCGGGCAGCGAGACCCGGGAUGGAUCAACUCCCCUCCUCCCCCCUACGAAACGAUCCACGACCUCCGACGACAGGAAUCGAAACUGGAGCAAGAAAUUAAGCAGGAAGAUCAGAGGCAUCAACAAGGGCCUCACCAGGUAGACGAGGUUCUUCGCAGGGGUGCCUCAGCGAGGGAGAGACCCAAGUUGAGCGCUCGCCAGAGGAUAAAACUUCUGCUGGGGAAGGGCAACUACAGGGGUCAAAAAAUGGCCCGGAAUGAGCCCAGCCAUAACGGAUCCAAUCAAAAUGGCUACUUUCCUGGUCCCAAUGAAGAUCAAAACUUUGAGGACCACGGAAGUCACAAUAUAAACUUCAUUGACCACGACGAAAGCACUAAUGGUAGCGGCCCCUUGGGACAAGCUGCUUUCACCAUCACCGGCAACCCUCCAAUUCACCCCUUGGCCUGGUCGUACAACUCCCCUAACACAUACUUAAUCCAACCUUACAUGCAAGCCAUACCUUCUCUGGACCUUCUCCCUCCGUACCGACCUCCUCCUGAGUACCAGUACUGUGCACCUUACCGUUACGGAGCUGAACCGAACAUCGAGGAGUGGUCAGCGCAUGAAAACAUCCCGCUAUACCGGCCACUCACCGCCAUGGGAACCAGAAACACUUCUGAUCCUGCUAGCUCCACAGCAGGAGCGAAUGCCUCUUCGGCAAGUGCUAGUGGCACUUUAAUGGAUGUGGAAGAUAACGAGCUUGCUAGUCAAGCCUCUGUUUCCAGCGCUGAAAUAAAAAAAGUUUUCGAAGACAUUAGAUCUCCGUUAACACCAAUAACAGAGCCAGAUCUUGUCCCACAGAUAUUAGAUGUUGAUCAAAGAAAUAUUGAAGAUGAUGAAGUAGAUAGCAUUUCUAAAACUAUCCUGACAACAAACGAAAAAGGCCAUGAAUCACAUUAUGAUUCUGAUGCAGUUCAUGAAACACGCGUGUCGACAGCCCCUCGUCUUUCUCUCACUCCAGAGGCACCCAUAUUAUCAGGACAUUCAUCGAAUUUAUCUACUCCAAAUCGCAAAUUGUCAUCCCGGCCAGUUUCUUCAACAGCGCUGCCAACGCCAGGCAUCGCUUCUCCCACUGUAAUUUUACCAGGUGCCUACGAUACUUCCUCUUCAGAGCCAUCUACUUCGGAGCUAUCUACGUCUGAGCCCUUCCACGUUUCUUCGAGAAGUCCAAGUUCCACUUUUUAUUUCAAACAACUUCCUUCACUUGCUUCCACGGCCAAUGUUACUGGGAGUCAAAAUUUUGCUGAAGUUAAUUCACCCGCUGUUGAUGAACCCUCCUCCGCCAUGACGGGUUGUCCGCAUCCGACGAUCACCGAAGACUCCCAAAACAAUGGCUGAUGUAAACAAGGCGGAACACCCGUAAACCGAUGAAACCAUCGAAUCAUUUAAUUACUUCAUUCGUCUUUAUUAUAAAUUUUAUAGAGGGUGGACACUAAACUUGUUACGAUCUUCACAAAGAGACAAGAUAUGUCGCACCGUCCAUCUUUAGAAGACGUCGUACUUAUGUUUCAGAUCAUAACUUGACUGAUUAUUAUUGAGAAGAUCUUUUCAAUCUACAAAUGAUCUCACAUUUAUUUAGGGCUAUUGAAAUUGCACUCAAGUAGUUUAUAAAAUAAUAGCUUGGACGAUCACGUCAAAAAAUAAACAUAAC